CCCAGGUCUCAAUGGCUGACGUGUCUCAGGUACCAAAGCAACCAACAAAGUACUGCCCACCACAAUGGCGGAAGACAUGAAACCAACGCGGGACUUAUCCCCAAUCAAUCAAGGUAUUUUCAAUGUGCACACAUUGAGCAUGAACCGGUGUUCGUUCCUAGUGCUUUCUACUCUCCUAUCUUCGGGAGUAGGGGCACUGGGUCCGUUCUGAGAUUAUACGGUUUCAACUUGAUCUGGAUAAUACCAGCGAAAGGAUCAUGCCUUCCAUUCACCUUGGAGACCUCUAACAGAUGUACAGACAAAGGGUGAUACUCGUUACUCUUCCAAACAUAAGCAACAAUGUCUCCACCAGUCGCCACCUUUGACGAAGUCAACACUAGCCGCAAUGGCAACAGCUUUGCCAUUAAGAAAGACCUCCCGGUCCAUACCAAAGGCAACGGUCAGGUCAAAGCUCAUCAGACCCUCGAAACAAUGGCCAGCAACUGGGAGAAUGGCUUUACCUUCGCCCCGAUCCGCGAGUCUCAGGUCUCGCGAGCUAUGACUCGCCGUUACUUUCAGGACCUAGACAAUUACGCUGAGUCCGACAUCGUUAUUGUCGGCGCCGGCUCUUGUGGCCUCAGCGCCGCCUACAUGCUCGGUAAGCAGCGUCCGGACUUGAAGAUUGCCCUCAUCGAGGCAUCGGUCUCUCCAGGUGGAGGUGCCUGGCUCGGCGGCCAGCUGUUCUCCGCUAUGGUGAUGCGGAAGCCUGCGGAUGCGUUUUUGCGCGAUCUGGGUGUGGAGUAUGACGACGAAGGGGACUUCGUUGUGGUGAAGCAUGCGGUAAGCCCUUCCCAUCCCAUGUAGUGACAGGUUACAAGUCUGUGUAUACUGGUUUGCCACUGUUUGAGGCGCCGUCGGGCGGUUUCCCAAAACCAGCUGCGAUGUCAAGUUCCAUGCCAUGGACUCUGAACGGUCUCUCCACUGGCCUGUUUCCUGGCAACGGGGCUGCUCACAGUGGUGCCCAGCUACCAGAGUGAUACUCAAGCAGUGGUGUAUUCAUACGCUCAGACUUAUGAAGUAGCACUGUAUAAUCGCUUCAGGACUGACAUAGGCUUCGUUACAGGCCCUCUUCACCUCGACCCUUCUCUCGAAGGUCCUCUCGUUUCCCAACAUCAAGCUCUUCAACGCUACCUGCGUCGAAGACCUGAUCACCCGCCCUGCCCCUACAUCCUCCGAUCCUCACGCCGUC